GCGGUGUGCGAGACUCUGAAUGUUGUGAUAAUAAUACGUGCGCUAGCUGCAACCAAUCGCGUCAAACGACGCGUUUCCUUGGUCCACUGUACAACUCACGGUUGUCCCGACUUUUCUUGUCUAAUUCCUUUUUUUACUAAUCAAAUCACACGAUACGAUCAGAUCGGUUCAUACAAGUAUCAGUGCCGUACUGUAUGUGUAUAUAUGCAAAGUAAACUUGGAAGACACACACAAGAUUCAGAAAAUCAAGGAGCCAUGUACGCGACCAAGCCGCUCUCUCUCUUCAUGAGCCAGCCGGAGGCGGCUUCCCGGCCGCCGCCGGACGGCCGGAACUCAGGCUACCUCGUCGUCAAGGGCGACGAGAACGGCGACGACGACGAGACGUGCUGCUGGGGGCAGUGCGGCGGGACGCGCGUGCGCGACCUCCCGUUCCCGCAGGACCGCGUGCUCACGCUCCGCUACACGGAGCACCACGGGCAGAGCAGCACCACCUACACCGACUCCGUCGUCUUCGUGCCCGUCCCCGACCAGCCCGUCGCCUCCAACCGCUACUACGCCGUCGUCGCCUCGGGCAAGCGCAAGGGGCUGGUCCGGACCUGCUCCCGCGAGGAGGACAUGACCCCGUGCUGCUUCUGCCGCUGCAUCAACGACGUCAAGCCGCAGCCGUUCGACCCGGCCGACCUCUACCAGCAGAUCGAGAUCGUCCAGCGCCGCCGGGGGCGGUUCACGGCCAAGGCCGUCGCUGCCGACGGCUUCCCGAACUACCUCUACCGCAAGAAGUACUGGCGCGUGUACGCCUCCAAGCCUACCAAGAACCGCCUCGACCUCGGCGACGCGCCGGGCCUCAACGUGGCUCUCCGGUCGCGCCAGCUCGCCGACGCCUCCCCCGCGGCGACGGCGGUGUCGACGGCUGUCGGGAAAUGGUACUGCCCGUUCUAUCUCGUCAAAGAAGACGGCGUGUCCCCGUCGGAGCAGAUGGACCGCGCCGCCUUCUACGAGGUGGCGCUCGAGCAGCGCUGGGAGCCGGCCGACGACACCCGCGGCGGCUCUAAGCUGUACAGCAGUAAGGUGCUCAUCGGCGGGAGCCUGGAGGCGAGGCAGGAGGUGUCCAGCGGCGCCCCGCGGCACGGCGACGGGUACGUGUGGUUCAGAGCCGCGGCCGGGCAGAGCGUGGGGGUGUGCGCGAGCGUGUGGGAGAGGAUGCGGUGGGAGGAGUACAGGGGCGGGUGGGUCGACGAGGAGGAGGAGGCCGACAAGGUGGCCGGACGGUCGGUGCUGGUGGAGAGGUUCGUCGUCAAGAGGAUGGACAGGACCGUCGUGGUGGCCUUUGACUUUAUGCAUCUCAACAAGGUCAGAGGGAAGCAGGCGUGAGGCAUCACUGCACACUGUACACCCAUCGCAGAAUCUUCAGAUAGUAUUGUGUCACAAUUCCAAAAAAAAGUUAGUAUUGUGUCAUACCUUGUAAAUAAAAUUUGUCAGAUGAUGAAGGAAAUUGUCAGAUAAUAUUAUUUGUAUUUGUAUGUAAAUUAAGAUUUUUGUACCUAUUUAUUGUACAACAUAAUUUGAGCAAUGCUUCACCAACUCCACGACUGAUUGUGGUAUGAGAUGUUGCA